AUGGAACAAUUAACACAAUCUCUAAGACACAACUCGCUCUCUGUGGUUGUAUACAUCGAUUUUCUACAAGCAUUUGAUAUGCUGUGGCAUCCAGGAUUGAUCUUAAAAUUACAACAUCUUCACUGUCCUUAUGCUUAUUUGUUCUGGAUUGUUAACUAUUUUCAGGAUAGAAUAACCACUAUUGAUUACCAAGGACAUUUAUCAGACCAAAUUGUAAUCACGAGAGGUGCUCCACAAGGUUCAUGCUUUGAGCCUAAAGUAUAUAUAGUAAAUCUUUUCGAUCUACCACAAAUUUUUGAAUAUACACGCAAAGUUCAUCUAUAUGUCGACGACUUGGCUUUACUAUAUUCACCAUCAAUUUAUCUGGAAUAUAUCAAACAAACUGAUGAAAUUCAAACAAGGAUAAACAACGACAUGGUAAAGCUAGAACAGUAUGCUGACAAUAAUCAUCAACCAGUGAAUAAAAAUAAAAUGGAAUUUGUUGUUUAUCACAAGUUAGUCCAAGUUCCCAAAAUUCGAAUUGUUUAUCAAGGUCAAUGCAUUCAACAGCAAAAGACAUUCAAAUACCUAGGCUUUCACCUAGAUUCUAAAUUAUCAUUUCGAGAUCAUGAUGAUCAAAUUCAUUAUGAUGUUAGAAAUCAUGAUGAUCGUUUAUUUCAAAGUUCUAAUGAUGACAAUUUUACGCCGAAAGCUUAA